AUAUCACUAUUCACUACCCUCACUCUUCUUCGCUUGCCUUCCUCCUUCAUACCUGCAGCCACCAACGGAUACACAGAUGGAGAAGAAAAUACUCGAUUUCAUCCUCGUCCCCGUGGGCUUACUGGUCCUUCUGUCCUACCACCUCUGGCUCCUCCUUCGAAUCAUCCACAACCCCACUAAAACCGUCGUCGGCGUCAAUGCCAUCAGUCGCCGUUUCUGGGUUCAAGCAAUGAUGGAGGAGGUGCCGAAGAAUGGAGUUCUGGCUGUUCAGUCUCUGAGGAACAACAUAAUGGCGUCGACUCUUGUAGCAUCCAUGGCGAUAAUGCUGAGUUCGCUCAUCGCCAUCUUGUUGAGCCAUAGUGGGGACGAAGAGAGGAAAGUGAUCGUGGUUUAUGGGGACAGAAGCGACCUGUGUCUAUCGAUAAAGUUCUUCGCCAUAUUGGUGUGCUUCAUGGUGGCUUUUCUGAUGAACGUUCAGUCCAUAAGGUACUAUAGCCACGCCAGCAUCCUCAUCAACGUUCCAUUCAAGAAGGUGUGCCCAAAUAUUCGGCACCAGAUCCUGACGUCUGACUACGUCGCCACCACCGUUAACAGAGGAAGCUAUUUUUGGUCUCUGGGUUUGCGCGCCUUUUACUUCUCUUUCCCGAUGUUUCUGUGGCUUUUCGGACCCAUUCCCAUGUUCGUCUCUUGCUUCGUCCUCGUUUUCAUGCUCUAUUUCUUGGAUCUCACGUUUGAGCAUGGCUGGGCUGCCGUAUCUGCCAUUGAACCUGAUCAAAAUCGUAGGGAUAUAGAAGCUGCUGCGGGAAUCUCAAAUUAGAACUAGAGUCUCUGGUCUGGGGCAUAUAUGUAGUAUCUGUAGCGGUGAAUAGUGAUUAAUAAAAUAGCUAGGGGACCAUGAUAGGAGUCAGUGCUAUAGACUCUGACAUAACGGAAGGUGAUUCGGAUUCAAUCCAUGUUGAAUUGAAUCACAUAUCAAGCGCCAGCAUGUAAUGCAGUGAAUAAUAAGAUAUUUGAAAUUUUGAA